GAGACACGCUACAAUGAACCGCUCGAAGUAAAUUAAAAAGUUUCAUAUGAAGCCUUUCCCUUGAUAUUUAACCAAGACAAAUAUAUAAGCUACAAAUACUGAUAGUAUGUCCCACCCGUAUCUGUGCCCCAGCGCACGGCUCUGCAACAGUGGCUCUUCAGUAGGCGGACGUGAUAUUCGGCGGAUGGAUGUUACUUUCUACCUCCUCGCUCAUGGGGGCCAGAUAGACGUUUUGUACGUCCAAUCUGUGAAUGAGGAGGCCUUGAUGUGCCGAUUGAGCAACCUGAAGAACAGGGAGAAUAAGGAAACAGAGACUAGAAAACAGAUUUACAGAGUAGACAUCACCACCAACGAAACCCUAGCGGGCAACGAAACGACAGCAAAGGAAAAGAGGAAGUAAAAAUUUUUUUUUGAAAUUUGAUGGACUGAUUUUUGAUUGAUUUGACUGGUCUGUAUGAAAUAUCUUCAUUCAUUUAUCUUAAAAUCAUAUCCGAUAUACCCAUGGAACUGGUAUACCAGC